CAGCCAGAGCUACUAGGCACUUAAAAAGCCUGCUGCCACCCACAAAUUUCACACACCCAAAAAUUUCAUCUCCUUCUUACCCAAAUCAAACUCCCAAACUCUAGAAACCACCCACAACAAGAUUUCCACGAAUUCCUCACCAAUUUCGCGUGAUUUCAUUUUCAUCCAUGUAACAAGAAGAAAAUAUUCACCAAAUCUGGAAAUGGGUUCGUCUCGAUCUCAAUCCCUCUUCUUCUUCCUCCUCCUCAUUCUUUGUCUCUUCUCCAUUCUCUGCUGCUGCUCCUCCUCCUCCGACGACUCAAACUUGGUGUUUAAAGGAUGCGCCGACCAGAACUUCCAGGAUUUCAACGGGAUUUACAAGCAGGCAUUGAGAGGUCUGCUCGAUGGCUUAGUUUCUCAGUCUUCCGCCGCUAAGUUCUACAAGACGACUUCCGGCGAGGGAUCGUCGUCGUCCGCCAUUAACGGGCUGUUCCAAUGCAGAGGGGAUCUCUCAACCGGCGAGUGCAACAGUUGUGUGAAGAGGACUCCGGGAUUAGCACAGAAGCUAUGUGGGGAAGCGAUUGCUGCGAGGGUUCAGCUAAAUGGGUGUUAUUUGAGGUACGAGAUCGCGGGGUUCAGGCAGGUGAGCGGGUCUGAGUUACUGUACAAGGUUUGCGGGUCGACACGGGCGAGCGGGGCAGGGUUCGGUGACAGAUUGGAGAUGGCGUUGGGGGAAAUAGUGAAGGGUGUGGGGAGUGGGAACAGUGGGUUCUAUGCGGGGGCGUAUGAGUCGGUGUAUGUGUUGGGUCAGUGUGAAGGCGAUUUAAGCGGUGGGGACUGUGUGAACUGUGUAAAAACUGCGGUUGAUAGAGCUAAGUCUGAAUGUGGCAGCUCAAUUUCAGCACAGAUUUAUCUUCAAGAAUGCUAUAUCAGCUACAAAUACUAUCCCAGUGGUGUUCCCACCGACCAGCAAUCAUUUUCGCCAUCAGGGACAGGGAGGAAUACACAGAAGACAGUUGCCAUUGUGCUGGGAGGAGUGGUGGGUGUGGGGUUGGUAAUGGCUUGUUUAUUGUUCACAAGAUCAGCUUUCAAGAAAAAGACUUAUACUUACAAGUAUGGUGGAUAAAGGACAUAUCUGCAGAGGUUGCUUUAGAUUAAAACAAGGUAUAACAAAAUUAAAUUGGGGGCUGUAAAGAGGGAAGAUUUGCUUCACUUUGUGAAAAGAUGUAAAGUUAUCUUCAUCUCCAAGUUUUGUUAUUGUAGUAGUUCUUUUUGCUUUUCUCCUUUUCUGGGUUUAACACUUAAGAGCUGUCUAUUUCAGAAGAAAGAUAGUAGGCACUAGUGUUGCAAAUUGCUCCUUUAUGUUAGUGAAAAAGUGAAUGUAUAUCCACGAUUUAACAAUGCAUAUAUGAAAUGUAUCAUUGUGCAGUUGCUUUAUUAAAA